AAUCUCUGAUUUUUUUAAUAAUUGUUUUCAUAUUAGCUUUCAUCAAAAAAAAAAAGCUUCUACGUAAUCACAUCAAGUAUUGGGAUCAGUGUUCGUACUUUAAAACACAGGAAAAAGAAGCAAUCUCAAGUUCGUUUUCAAGGAGAGAGCAAGGUUUCAAAUCUCGGGCGACAUUUUGAGUUUACGGCGAUUGCGGCCAUAGCAGCCUCCUAUUGGACACGAUUGCGGGUGUAGCGGGUAUCUUGGACGGCCUAUUUUGCGGUCGCUUACCGCUAUUUGAAACCCCGGGAGAGAGUAAAAAGCCCAGGAAUGCCGGAAUAUGUGCCUCAUCCUUCAAAAUUCCCUCUUUGAAGUUGAUGAGCUUACUGGUUUUUGAAAAUUGACCUUAUUCAUCUUUGAUGAUAUUGGAUUUGAAGUUAUGGGCGAAACAUCAUUAAAUUUCGAUGCAUAAAAGCAGAAAAGGACUGUAAGUACUAAGGGAACGCCUUCUCGGGUUUUACAUGAACUUUGUGGAGACGGUUGAGCUUGAUCACAGAUACUACCUGCUCUGUGAAUUAUAAAAAUUGUGCUCGCAAGGUGUUGGUUAAUAUUUCUGUAUAUUACGUUAGUUUGGAAUGGAAAAUAAACCAAGUGUAUUGACCCGAAGAUAUGAAAUCGGGCGAUUACUUGGCCAAGGUGCCUUUGCGAAGGUGUAUUAUGCGAGGAGUAUACAAACCAACCAGAGUGCGGCUAUAAAAGUGAUAGACAAGGAAAAGGUCACGAAGGUUGGGACGAUUAAUCAGAUCAAGCGAGAGAUUUCAGUGAUGAGAAUAGCUAGACACCCUAAUAUUGUGCAGCUUUAUGAGGUAAUGGCCACCAAAACCAAGAUUUUCUUUGUUAUGGAAUACUGCAAAGGUGGAGAGCUCUUUGACAAAGUUGCUAAUGGAAGACUGAAGGUUGAUGUUGCAAGAAAGUAUUUUAUUCAGCUGAUCAAUGCAGUUGAUUUCUGCCAUAGUAGGGGUGUUUAUCACCGCGAUAUAAAGCCCGAGAACCUGCUGUUGGAUGAGAAUGAGAAUCUAAAGGUCUCCGAUUUCGGUUUAAGUGCACUAGCAGAAUCAAAACGCCAAGAUGGCCUGCUUCAUACUACUUGUGGUACUCCUGCAUAUGUUGCUCCUGAAGUGAUCAGAAGAAAAGGUUAUGAUGGAGUAGCAGCUGAUAUUUGGUCUUGCGGAGUUGUGCUAUACGUCUUACUGGCAGGUUAUCUCCCAUUUCAUGAUUCAAACUUGAUGGAGAUGUACAGGAAAAUUGGCAAAGCAGACUUCAGAUAUCCUAGCUGGUUCCCUCCGGAAGCACGCAGGCUGGUGUCUAAGAUGCUGGAUCCAAACCCGACUUCUAGGAUUUCAAUGUCUAAGAUUAGGGGAAGUGUUUGGUUUAAGAAAGGACUGAUUGCGGAACUAAAAAAACCUGAAAUCGAAAACGAGCAAGCUUAUCAGGAUAGUGGGAAUAGCAAUGACAAUGCUGAGAGUAAACAAGAAUCAGUUCAACUUCCAAACCUAAACGCUUUUGAUAUCAUAUCACUUUCAGAUGGGUUUGAUCUGUCAGGAUUGUUUGACGGAAUUUCUGAAAAGAGAGAAACAAAAUUUUCAUCUAGACAACCCGCGUCGGUCAUCAUCUCUAAGCUGGAAGAAGCCGCUAGACGUUUGAAACUAAAGGUGAAAAAGAAGGAUGCAGGUGUGUGGAAACUGGAAAGGCUAAAGGAGGGUCGAAAAGGGAUCUUAUCGAUCGAUGCGGAGAUCUUUGAAGUGACUCCGAUGUUUCACCUGGUGGAGAUUAAGAAAUCUAAUGGGGACACUUUGGAAUAUCAGAAGAUGGUAAAAGAGGAUAUGAGGCCUGCUCUCCAAGAUAUUGUAUGGGUUUGGCAGGGUGAUCAACAACAGCAGGGACUUCAACUAGAGGAACAGCAGGAGCAGCCUCAACAGAAUGAUUCUAGCGCUGCCUCCACAAGCAGCUGUGACAAACCUUCUUGAAAUCGCUAAUUUCUCAAGAUAUGAUGUGUUUGUACAUUGCCAUACUGUGUUUUAGAACACAUUUGUUUUGCACUUCUUAUGAUUGUAUGAAGUCUGUUUCAGUGAAGUUACUGUCCUUUGGCAAAAGUAACUGAUAGCUAUCAUUUGACAUCGUCCCCUACCUGUAAAAAUACCCAUCUCCCUCAACCUCUGUCUAACACAUACUAAAAUGGAGUUAUUAGAUGAAUGAAAAUGGGAUUAGUGCGUCCUGCACUUGAUUUUGA